AUGAAGAAGGGGGGGUCCACUGAAAAUCGAUACAUACGGAGGGCAUUCAACAGGUCCUCCUAUUACAAGAAGGGAGAAAAGGCGGAAGAGGCGAGCAGCGACAGUAAAAAAGUUAACGGCGUCGCUGAGAGCUGUGCCAGUGGGAGCACAAGCGAGAGGAACAACCCCAACACCCGCACUAAAGCGAGUGGCAAAGGCGCCCCCAACGACGCGAGUGCGAACGGAAAGGGUGACGCCGUGGACAUCAAGGGGAAGAACGUGGAUGUGACGAGCGAAGAAGACUCAUGGGAAGAAAGGGAGCGUGAAGAAGCACAUCUGGAUGACGAGGAGUUAUUUUACACCGUGGAGGACGGAGAAGCGAAAAAUAAAAAAGUCUCAAAGAUGACACUGAGCGCGAAGGAGAGGGAGUUACUUCCCAAGAAUGAAGAAGCGUGUAGCAAUGGGAACAUCGCAAAUGGAGGCGGGAACCCCAGUAAGGAGGGGGACAGCCAGGACAAAAACAACAUUCUCUGUCCCCUCUGCGUAGAGGUUCUGGACGAGACAGACAGGAACUUUUUCCCCUGUGACUGUGGCUACCAGAUAUGUCUCUGGUGUUUGUACUACAUACGAGACCACAUGUGCAACAAGUGUCCCGCGUGCAGGAGAAGUUACGACGAGAAAAAUUUCAUAUAUAAUAGGGAGACCCACGAAAAGUUGGUGAAAAAGCAAAAAAAUAAUCACAAGGGAAGUAAAGCAGACGCAAAUAACAGCAACACUAAUAACGCCACGAAUGCUCCUAACGGAGUUAGCGCCUCUGCCGGGGCAGGCCAAACUACCGCAACUACCGCUUCCGCAAGUGCAACCAAUAAUACUCUUCUUCACCAUCACAAUGGAAGCAGCAGUGCCAUUUUUAGCAGACCCGAAUUAUACAAAAAUCCAAACACCUAUAAUAUCCACGAGCAUGAAAAUCUAUUCGAGAUCAUAAAAGGCAUUAGAGUUGUCCAACGCAACCUCGUGUUCGUCAUUGGUAUCACGUCCAACUAUGCCAAGAAAAAUGUAUUAAAAAAAAAUGAAUACUUUGGCAAGUACGGAAAUAUACUCAACAUCAUUCUGAAUAAAUCCCAGGCCUACAAUCCGCAUUACAAUGGCCCCUCGUUCAGUGCGUACAUAACGUAUAGUAACGAGAAGGAGGCCAUUAAUGCAAUUUAUUUUAUCGAUGGUAUGGUCCUGGACAAUAAAACAUUGAAGGCAUCCUUUGGGACCACCAAGUACUGUGCUGCGUAUCUGAAGAACAGCACAUGUACCAAUGAGGACUGCUUCUACCUGCACGAACUGGGAAACGUGAUUGAUAGCUUCUCCAAAGAUGAUAUCCAUGGCCCCAAACACAUUUAUCAUGACUUACUAUAUUUUUAUUUUAAAAAACACCCCGAGAAGAAAAACGAGCAGAGUACCAAUUCUCAUGACUCUUCCAGCACUGUUUUGGUAAAGUCGGCGAGAAAAUUGGAAGACACAACUAUCGGGGGAGUGGCAACAUCGGGAGGAACCACUACCGCAGGUGCUGUCGCAAGUGCUACCGUAAGUGCUCCACCAGCGGUGCUCUCCUUUGCUGCGGCCAUGUCCAUCACCAAUGAGAAGGACUUAGCCGAGGCGAAGAAAAAGACUGACGCCGUCGAUGAGGCCACCCACGCCAAGAAACAGCACUCGUCCCCGACAUCGGUACUCUCCGAUGGGAAGUCAAAAAGUUUGGAGAUAAUCUACAAAGGGAUAGAAAGGUACGCGGAGAAAGCAGCGGAGAAGGCGGCGGAGGAACAGAAAAGAGACACCAACCUCAAGGAUGGCCUGACCAGCAAGGGGUCCAAGGAUAACCACCACGCCGGGGAGGAGAAAAGCAAGUGGAGCUCCGAAGGUAAUUUCGCGAACCUCAUAAAGAAUUCUGGCGUGGCGGUCACUGCCUUGCAGGGGAUGGAAGAAGAAAAAAACAACUCCAACACCAAGAGCAAGAAGAAGAAGAAAAAACAAAAGAGCGAGGAGAUUAUCCCACCCCCCGAUCCAGGCAAGGAAGACCACGGCGCGAGUGCGACUGCAAGUGGGAGUGCAAGUGCGAGUGCCACUGUCAGUGCAAAUGCGUCGCAGGAGAAGAACUAUAAAGACUCCCUCCAGAGUAACGGCGCAGCUAAGAAUGGCAACGUCAGUAAAAGCAACAGCCUGGUGGUGGAGGAAGACCCGUACUACGUCGACGGCAUGUCAGAGAACUACCCGCUCAUAACGGAUGUCUGCUUUGACAAAGACAAGAAGAAGAAGAUGAAAAAGAAGGCAGAAAAGAAGAAGGCCAACGAGAAGAAGAAGGCGGAAGAGGUCAAGAUGCGCGAAGAGAAGGAGGGGGAGGCCAAGGUGGGAGAAGGGAAGGUGGGAAAGGCCAAGGUGGAAGAGGCCAAAACUGCUGCAGUCAAAACUGGUCGAGUCAAAACGGGAAAGGGCCCGACGGAAGAACCCCCUGCGGAAGAGCGCAAACCCGAUGGCAAGGGCGGCCAAUCACCUUCGGACGCUGCGCAGAAGGAGCAGCCCUCCCAGGAGGACUUCCCGCCCCUGAAGGAAGACGACAAGGAUGCGAAGAAACAAAAGAAGAAGCACCCCAACAAUGGUAGCAGUGCCGUCAACGUCAUCAGCGUGAGCAGCGGUGGGAGCGGCGGCGUGAUUAGCAGCGGUGGUGGGAGUGGCACCGUAGAGAAUAAGACAGCUCAAGUGGAAGAGCAGCCGGCCGACGGCCCCAAGGAGAAGAAGCAAACUAGCGAAAAGGCAGAGGGGGGAAAAAAAAACAAGAUUGCCAAAAUGACCUCCAGAAUUGGAAGCUUCUUUAAUGAUCUGUUUGAUGGAAGUAGAAAAGGAGGUGGUGGUGACGAGGCAAAGACGAAGACAUCUCCCAGUGUGGGUCAGAAGGCAAACAAGAAGGCGACUACCACUGUUGUUACGCCCUCUGUGGUGACAGCAGCGGAGGAUGUACACGUGGGAAGCGCCAAUCAGCCGAAAGAACACCCCAGCGCGGAAGGGGGAACGUCUUCGAAGCAGAAGAAGGAGAAAAGUUACGAAGCGGAGCAGGAAGAAACAAACAUGAAAGAGGAUAAAAUGAAAGAGAAGGGAGAAAGGAAGAAGAAUGAGCAAUCCUCCCAAAAGAGGGACAUCGAAAAGGGAAAAGCUGAUGUAACUGUCGGUGCAAAGGAGAAGAAGGAAGUAGUGGAGGAACGAGCCAAGAAGGAGAAGGGUGGUGGAUCUACUUGCCAAACUGAUAAGAAGGACACACCCAUUGGAGGAGGCGAAAUUUUGGAUGACUCACUCCGAGAUGACACCGCAGCGACUUCUGUCGCUGCUCCAGGUGACGCGAUGAGCCCCACUCGCACACGAGAGAAGCCAGAGAAAAAAGGCGCACAUGAUAACAAUAUUAGUCAGGAAGAACAAAUGAAGAAGCACGCCCAGGAAAUUUUAAACAUUCAAAAGGACAACCCAGAUGUGCCCCUCGACGCAAUAAUUGAAGAUUAUAUCGGAAGGAGAGAAGUCGCCACGAAGGAGGUUCUCCCCUUUGAUGGCCUACACAGUGCGGUGAAUAGCCUUAUUGACGAGAAUGCAGCGAAAGGGAAAAGGAGUAACCAACAUACAGGCGAUAGUGAUGCCCAUGCUUUGAAUGUCAAUACACAGGAGAAUAUGCAUAACGGAGAGGGAGAUGAAAGAAAGGGUGAUAGGGCACAAAUGAGGGAUGCAGAGAAAGUAGCGGCUGGCAAGCCAGAGGGGGAAAGACAAUCAGUCGAAAAGACACAAAAGGAGAUGGACAAGAUGGACGGGAAGGACGGGGUGGGCGCGAAGAGCCAAGUACCAUGUGCGAAAGAGAAAAAGAAAAAAGAUACCCUCAACAAGAGGAAGCCGAAACAAAAAGAAAUGGAAGGAGAUAUUACGAGCAUUAUUAGAGAAAUGAUGAUACAGAGGAUGACGUCGAAAAACAGAAGAAACAAAAAUGAUUCUGUUCGCGAAACGAGUGGGAAGAGCGAGAUGGGGAAAGCGGAUCAUCGCAUCAAUUCACGGGGAGACUCGGCAGAGAAAAAUGUCCUUUUCGACGACAUGGAAAUAUUUUUAAAAAAUCUGUGUGUGGCUAAGGGGAAGGCAAUUCAAAGCGGCCUUCAAAGCGGCCUUCAAAGCGGUCUUCAAAGCGGCCAUCAAGGCAACCUUCAAGGCAACCUUCAAGGCAACCUCCAAAGCAGUUACGCAGAUAACAACGCGGUGUAUUUGAUAGAAGGAAACGGCAAGCGCAAAAAUGACUACCUCAUCUACACAAGUGACGAGCACAUUUCCCUGAAAUCACACAAAGGAGUUAUGGAAUUCAUCAUUAAAAAGGAGAAAAACAUAGACGAAGGAAAAAACAAAAAAAAUUAUCUCCACCAAGAUACAUUUGAUAUUUAUAAAGAAUUAAUUUUGUCAAAAAAUUCAGACCUGCAAACUGCUAACGACAUUUUGUUUGAAAAAAUAUUUAAUGAGGAAAUUGAUUUCGUUCAACAAUUAUGUAAAGAAAAUUACCUGAAUGGGUCAGGUAAAAUAUGCUCGUCUAGUUACACAGUGGAGAAGACUUAUUAUCAACAGGGCGGCAAUUUAAAGAAGAAAUGUAAGAAGAAAAUGCAGACUAUCUUCCCCAACUUGUGGGUUAAUUUUAACCAUUCCCUGCACACGCAGGAGAUGGCUGAGAAGGUUAACCUGAGCGCCUAG